AUGUCCGACGCGGGCCACGAUCCAACCCUGUCCGACGACGAGGCCAAUGGCCAUGCUACUCCUGCCGACGAUGGCGAGGGAGGCACGCCGCUGAAUACCGUCGAGGAUAAUGGCCUUGACGACGACGACGAUGACCUCUUUGGCGACGGCGGCGCAGACGAUGACGCCGAGGAAGACGCACACGAUGCGCAAGCUGAGCAGCGCAAGCUCGACGAUGCCGAACUCGACUCCGGCGACGACGAAGGACGCAACGAUCGCGUCAGGCAGGCAGAGGCUGUGGAGGAAGUCGAGCAACAGACAUUUGCAUACAUGGACGCAGACCUGGCGCGCCAUGCAGUCCCCGAGCCCACCGACAAUGAACUCUACCUGCUCAAGGUCCCGCGCUUCCUUUCCUUCGAGGACAAGGCCUUUGACCAUAGGACAUUCCAACCACCAACCACCGAUCACCAUUCCAAGGUCGGCGCGUCUGAACACUUUUCUGCUUACCACACUGCCAUGACCACCAUCCGAUGGCGGCGCUCACCCUCGAACAACGCUGUCUUGCAGUCGAAUGCUCGCAUCCUGAGGUGGUCCGACGGUUCUCUUACCCUGCAACUCGCCAGCGACCCUACCGUGCAGUUCGACAUCGACGCCAACACGCUUGCACCACCGCAGAUAAACCCGAAGAUUCCCACCCCCACAGCAAUCAGGGAAGACAAAACCGGCGCCAAGACGAGCGCGAAGAAGGAGAGUUACACAUAUCUCGUGGCCCCUUACGAAGAGGCCAAUGUUAUGCGUGUGACCAACAAGCUCACUGCAUCCCUAAAUGUGGUUCCCGCUGCAAACACAAAAGAUGCUGCGCUGGAGAAGCUGCAAAACGAUCUUGCAAAGGUGGCAUCCAAGGGCCGAGACGACGCCGACCAGGCUAUUUCCUUUAUCAACGUAGACGAAGAUCCCGAGCUACGCCGACAACGCGAAGAAGCCACAUUCAAAGAGAAGCAGCGGCAACUGCGCGCCCGCGAGAAGCACGAAGCGCGCCAGGCCGAGCGCGCCAACCGCACCAUGGGCCGCAGCAGCGGACGAGCAUCAGGAGGCGGACUCGAUGUUGAUGGACUGGAAGACCGCGCUCCUAGGAAACAGCAACAGAGAAAGGGUGGUGGCUUACGGCGUGACUGGAGCGACGAUGAAGACUAUGGUGGCCCUCGGAGGAAUCGCGAGGACGACUAUGACGAGGAGGAUGACUUUAUCGCUGCCAGCGACGAGGAGCCGGAGAUUGUCGAGGACGACGACGACCCAGAUGAAGGCAUUGCGCCAAGUCCGAAGAGAGCCAGGGGCGGGGCUGUUGCAGCAGACGACGACGAUGACGAUGACGAAGUCGUGGUUAGCCGGACAAAGCGGAGACGUGUGGUUGAUGAUGACGAAGAUGAGGAGUAG